AUGUCUUCGGUUCCUCCAUUUUCUCGCCCUCUUAGCGGAGCCACGCGGGAUGUACGCAGUGCCUUAGCUUCUGCUCGACCCCUUAGUGUUGGUGGCCCACGCAAUAACUUUGAAUCUACCUAUAGUGGCCUUUCAAAGGCACAUCGAGUAGCGAGUCUUUUUUCUUCUUCUUCUUCUGUACCUAGGCCGGUAGACUUUGAUUCAGCAGAGGCCCAUGAAGCUAUGUCAGUCUUGCAAAAACUUUUUCUUCCUAUAAUUUUGAGAAGAGUACUUUCUGCACGAAAAAGGGCAAGAUGGUCAACUGAGCGUGGAUUACGAGUGUAUACAGAAGAUUCAAUUGUUCAAACAUUUCGAUCUUCUCAUUCACUUAUGUCCAAUUGGCCAGUAGAAAUACUAAGAAUUUUAGCAGAAGAAGCGAUUUACAAUUAUUUGGAACCAGAAGAAAUUAUUGUUUACACGAGGGAAUGGUAUGUAUCAUGUGGUAUAGUAGUAGUUCUUUAUGGUGAUGUAUAUGAAAAAACUGUAGAAUUAGGAUCACCUACAUCACUAACUGAACGAUACUACACACGUCGACAAUCUGCUCCUGCAAUUUUGUGUGAUCGCGUUGUCCUUUGUAGAGAUGCAUCUCCGACAUGCAUUGCAGCUCGUGGUUAUACAGAUGUAGCUAUAAUACCAGCUCGAUGGGUAUGGGAUGUAAUAAGUAGUUACGUAUUUCAACUAUCUGCAGAAAGUGUACUUGAUUGUCUAAGAUUACAUAUUGUCCCAAUGUGUGAGCAAUUAAUGAGUGAAAAUUAUUAUCCCAUGUCAUUGGUACUUCGUCGAAGUUGGUUAUGGUCGUUAUUUAGUUCAAGUGACAGAGUACGACUUGCCCGAUCUAUGGAGGUAAAAGUUUUUUGUAUAGGUGACACUAUAUUUAAUGAAGGGGAUCAUGAUCCUUACUUGUACAUCAUUCGUCGUGGAACUGUAAAAACAAUAGUUAGGAAAGAACCAAUUAUUGAAUUUGAUGCUGGUGCUUCAUUUGGAGAAAUUAGUGUUAUCUUUGAUGAACCUCGUUGUUGUCACGCUGUUGCGACUACUAUGUGUGAGGUUUAUUGUUUACAUCGAAAAUAUCUUAUGAAACGAUUACGCAGGAAACCGCAAUUAUGUGAGAGUGUUAUUAGAAAAGCCCUUAAACGACGAGAACAAUGGCUUGAAGAUGGAAAAAAACGUGAUAUUAUGGGACUUGCCGCCCUGCUGAGUGGAGUUCCUUGUCUGAGUCAAGCCACUGAACGUGUACGCAUGAAUCUUGCCCUCACGGCCCACGUCCACGUUCUUCCCCCGGGCGUCACUCUCUUCAAGAAGGACUCCCUCUGCGAUCGUCUCUUUGUGGUUGGCCACGGGACGCUGGCGGUCUGCGGGGGGCCGGACGCCGAGACGCUGCGCUCCACGGCGGAAUUUGUGGGCGAAUUGUGCCUCUGCCCGCACUUGUGGCCCGCCGACGUCGUCACCCGCACCUCCGUCGACGGCUGGUCCAUCACCGCGGAGGAGAUUAUGCAGGCACUCUCAACUAUACGUGCCGAUGCCCAGGCCGUCGAUCUCUGUCGACAAGGUAUUGAUCUCUAUCGAGCCCAAAACGGCACAGAAACCACAGAGACUACGGAGAAUGCAGAGACUACGGAAAAUGCAGAGAAUGCACAAGGUACAGAGGAGGCAGAGGAUCCAUCAGGGGGAGGAGUAAAUCCGUCACCACCCGCUACUCGAUCUUCAAGUAUUAAUGUUUUACCUCCACGCACAAAGAGGUUGAUUACCUUAGAUGCAGAUGCAACUCAAAAUGCACCACAUGUAGCGGAAUCACCCUUAUUAAAAGAGGAAACUAUUUUAUCUGACUUUGACUGGAAUAAUUACGCUAUGGAAGAUAAAGAUUUAUCACAACUGGAUGAAGGAAGUGAACCGAUUAAGCGAGAAGAUAGACGACAACUUGAACAUAGUAUUGAAACUGAACUUAAUAGGAGAGCAGGAGAACUUUUAUCAGUACCUGAACAAGAACAUCCAAGUGCUGUAGAUUAUGAUUUUCCUGGAGAAGUAGAUGAAAUUCAACAAAUGUUGGUAGAACAAAUAUUUUUAAUGCCAACUGAACGUCAACCUGGUUUUCUCCGACAAAUUAACAAAAGUAAAGUCACUAUUGUUAUGGAUGAUAGUUUGGAACCAGGUGAAGAACUUUCAUCCGAGACAACCAUUCCAAAUGAUCUCACAUUACCUCAAUAUGUAGUUCCGCCACCUGUUCUUUACACUCUUGAUACCAUUGCAGACGCUUUAGAGAAUAAUCAAGUUCCAACAGAGUCGGAUACUCCUCUUAUAAGUCCAAGAUUUACUUUAGAUCCUACGGUUCAAAAUUCACGACGACGUACGCGUACACCUGAUGUUGGACUAUUACCUCAUUGGCAAACAACUACACAACGUUCUAUGGAGGAUUUGAUGAAUUCAACUUCAAGAUCUCGUCCACAUAGUGGAACAUCUUUAAGAUCUCGACCUGUACGACCAUCUUCUGCUUUUGCACAUCAUAAGCAUUCACCUCCACGUAUUCAAUCUGCUGGAUGUAAUCAUCGAAUGAGUCGAAGUGUUAGUUUUUGCAGCCGAACAAGUGUUUUCGCUAACCCUACAACUCCUAAUCCUUCUGAGGCUACAAGCAUAAGUCUUCAGAAUACUGUUGCGAGUUGGGCCAAGACUAAUAGUAUUGAUCUCACCCAACAAGCAAAAAUUAGUGCUGCAAUGUUUCAAUCAGCAUUGGAUAAAUUUGUAAAACUUGAUGAUCAGAAUUAUUUUCAAGAAAUGGUGCGUGUUUGCUUACCUCCACAAACAGCAGAACAAUGGACUGAAGAAGAUCAAAAUAAUUCUACAAGAGGUAAAGAUGGUUUAGUUUUGUUACUUAUGCAUGUUCGACGUUGUGAUGGUCUUGACAUUAGGGAUAAAAUACAAUCUCCAAUAGUAAAGGUUUCUACAAAUUCACGAGUUCUAACUCGUACACCAGUAAUGCAAGAUCGUGUAAAACCUGUAUGGCCUAUUGAAGUAGCUUCUUUUAUUAGUUUUGUUAGACGAGAUUCUGAGUUACAAUUUACUGUAUGUGAUUCUGAAGAUGAAAGUUUAAUUGCAUAUACUGCUACAUUGGCUACAAGUGAACUAAGAGAAAAUGGAGGUGUGGGUUUACGAUCUUUACGUUUACAUCGAGAUGAUUCAAGUGUAACAUGUACACCUGGUGAAGAAAAUGCCAAUCUUGAAGUUUGUAUGUUAGCUGUUACUGCAUCAAAAUACAGUAGUUUACAUAAACGAGCUUUAGAUGAAAGUGAUGAUGAAAAAUUAUCUGAUGAUAUUAGUACUUUAUAUGUACAAGUAUUAGGUGUAGAAGGUCUUAAACAUCGUAUUGAAGCAGUUAUAGGUGUUUCUGUAGAAACAGAUGGUAAAACAAAAGAAGUUUUGCGUACCCCUAAAAUAACUCCUAAAACACGUACUCCUUUUUGGCCAGGACAAAGUAGUUUUUGCGUUAUCAAAAGUGAUGGAGUUGUUAGUUUUGAUCUUUAUCAUCGUGAUGUUUUUCUAGCAUCAUAUGAUACACCUGCAGAUACUCUUGCUUUUGGUGGAAUUGGUAUUCAUACAUUUCCGUUAAGUCGAGCUCAGGGUGAUGAUGGGGAAAUUUAUGGUAAACUUAAAGUAUCAAUUCUUGGUAUGAAAACUCCAUCAGAUGACGAUGGAGUUGAGGAACGAACAUCUAAAGUUUUAGUUCUUCAUGUGGAUAAUUUUAAAAUGAUAUCAAGUACUGAAGAAGAAUUUACACCAGACCCUUUUGUUAUUGUUCGAGGUCCAAGAGGAGAAGUAAUUUUACGUACACCACUAAGUCUUGGUACUUAUAACGCUACUUGGAAAGAAGAAGAAGCAUCAUGUUUUAUUGUAUGUCCUACACUUACUGGAAGCAGUGCUAUUUAUCGUUUUGAAGUCUAUGAUAAUAAUGAAAGGAAUAAACUUGGUACAUCAGAAUUUUCUGUUUCUAUGAAUGGAACCAGACGUAAUCGUAUGCAAUUUUCAAUUGGAGAUAGAGGUACAUUAACUGUAUUAGCUCAUACUUUUCCUAUUCAAAAAGCUCCUAGACCACCGAAACCAUUGCGUCGAAAUUCUGAUUCUUUUAAUUAUGGAAUGGAUCAGGAUGAUUUUCUUUUAUUAGUUCAUGUAAGUGGAUGUGAUGGUCUUCAAGGUACAGGAUUUGAUGACUUUCAAAUUGAUCCUCUUGUAACUGUGCGUAUUGGGCGAAGACGCAUGGUAGUUGCACCUUUGAUAUCUGGAAGUACAGCACCACGUUGGCCAUAUCCAAAGGCAACUUUCCUUCUUCCUGUUUUACCUAGUAUCCUUACUCAUAUUUCUUUGGAAGUUUGGGAUACGAAUAUAGAGCUUUGUGAUGUUCUUGGUGUGGCUAGAAUUUCUAUUGAGCAACUUUGUCAAACUGGUACACACCGUUUUACACUUCAACCGCACAAGGAUCAAGAAUUUGGUAGACGACAAAAUUUAGGAACUAUAACUGUACAAAGUCGUUUUGGUAAACGAAAUGGAGAAGUUGUUUCUGGUGGAGCUUCAAUCCCCUUCGCCUCUGGAAGUACCCACAGUGCUGGUUUAUUUGAAUCCCGUCUCUUCCACAAUACUGGCAACACCCCCGAUCUCCCUGUCACUCGUGUGCGUGUGCACAUCUCCAGCUGCUGCUGCCUCAAGUCGAGCACGCCGCGGAAGUACGUGCAGGUGACCAUGUCGUGUCUGCAGCAUCUCCUGCUGGAGGUGGAGCGGGAGUGGACGGAGACGGGUUGCCCGGCGUGGUCCCUCGCGGAGGCUCACACCAUCGUGGACCUCCGCGCCAUUUACGGCCGCUCCCUCCGCUUCAUCGUCACCGGCCGCGGGGAUGACGGCGACGCCCCCGUUGGGGCUGCGCUGCUGCCCUUCUCCGCCCUCGUCUCCUCCACGCCGGGCGUCGUCGCCGUCCGCAGUCUCCCACUCAUGGACCCCGCCACGCAGCGCGAGAGUAUCGUCGAGGGACAGGAGCGCAGCAGAAGCGCCAGUGUGGGUGCAGAUAUGCCUAGCAUCACCAUCGCCUUGCUCGCUCUGGACCCCGCGGACUCACCAGGGGUGGAUGGAGAAUAG